AUGGACGAUCUGGAAUCACCACGCGCGACUCUCGACACCUACCUUUGCAUCACAUAUUACUACAUUGAGGUGCUUGUAGCGUUCGUUCAAGAAGUGAACGAUGAUGCACCAGCAAGCAAAACAUGGCGCUCGGCCCAUCUCGACUAUCAUUUUGCGAUGGCAUUAAACAACAACGCAUUCAGCGAGUCCAUGCAACACUCUACUCUGUCAAAGAUCAAACGUACUUGGAAUGAUUUCCGACAGAAGAUGGUCUACACACAUGUGACGCAGCUUACAAUCACCUCGUACCACGAGGAAUUUUGUAACGGCCAGAACAUGUGCGGUGAUCCGUCCGUCGACCACUGUGUUUCAGUAGAAGGUAUGAUUGCAGCGAUGAUAACACCAAGGAAUAAUAGCACCGGAACGGCCAUCGAAACAGAGAAGGCAAAGAAGAAGGUUCGCUUGAAUCGUGCUGAAAUCAAUCAGCAAAAGCACGCCAGGUUGACCACCCAAAGUGUAAAGACAACGGUAGGGCCAACAACGUCCGCAGCCACAGCCUCCGAAAUGGAGCAUGACAGCGACGAGGCGGCAAGUCUGAUCGAUAUGAAAGAAGAUGGACGGAAAUCGCAUGCAAAUGAGAAGGGCGGCCGUCGAGGACAAGUUCGUGUCAAAGAUGUACGAAAAUCACGUAUACAUCAGAAAGGCGGCCGUCGAGAAACGGCGGCUCUUGAAUUAGAUGGAAAGUUCGGCAUGGGUCGCUCCAACCAUCCUCAGGUGGACGCAAAUAUUAGGGGCAAAAGGGUGACAUUUAUUGAGUCUGAAGACGAGGACGUCAAUGGCAACCCCAUAAUGUCAUCAUCAACAGCUGUGCAUAGACCGACUCGUGCUCCCACAGCUGCUAAAAGGAAUGGAAAACGCAAAGCGAUAGUUGAGUCCGAACCGGAGGAUGAAAGCAGCAACGUUGCGUCACGUGGUACAUCUCUGAGCGUUGCUGAGAUCGCCCAACCAGACGCAGAUACAGACAACGAGGAGAUCGAUGGGAUUGACACGGAGCCUGAUGGCGUUGACAACGCUGCGGCCAUCCCGGAUCUCGGACACUCAGUGCAUAUUCAAUUCCCGUCUACCCUUGAAGACUGGGAGGAAUGGAACUGGAUAGCAUUUCAGAAGGGCAACUCACAGAUUUUCCUGAAGCUUGCAACAUGGAUACUACUUCGAUUCAGACAGCUGGCGAAGAUACCCAUUCAUGGGGAUCUCGACGCGUUGCUGAUUCCCGAGAAUCCGGCAUCUUUUCACAUGGAGCACGAGUCUGAUGUCCAUGAGGCACUGGGGAUGACAUGUCUCUAUUCCGCGGUCGCGCACAUGGACACACAUCCAGAGUUCCUCGCCCACAUCUUCCAUGAAAUUGGAAAAGCAUCGUCUGCGAAACGACUUGGAUGUAGUCACCCAGGAUUGAGGUCCCUGCCCGAACUCCCGAUGCCCGUUCAUAGCAUUAUGUUGGAAGAGCAGCGUUCAUGGUUGCAGGCCUUGCCCUUCCAAAACGACGCACAUACCGAUCACCAGGAUGCAGAAGGUGAUGUUGACGACGGCGAUGGAGGUGAAUCGAUCUCGAUGGCGCUCGAUGACAUGGUUAUCUCUGGUGCGCAAUUUUCGGCGGACAUUUUGGACGGUCAGGAGGCACAGAAACGCAAAAGGACCCUGUCGAGAACGUUGUCACCACCCAAGAUGGAUGGGGGGCGCGGGUGUCCAAAGCGUUCGAGGGCGUGUACUAAAGAGCCCUUCAUUCGUCCGUCAUCACCGGUUAUGAGAUCAUUUGCAGGAGUAGCGAGUACCAAAGCAGUGCUCGCGGGGACCACACAGAGCCAACCCGUUCCAAUCGAGGUUCGCUACUUUUCAGCGCGCCGGAAAUAUUUCACAUCUCCUAUUAUGGACGAUAUGACCUCAGACACCACCACGAUGCCCCAUCCUCAUGCUACAGGAUCAAGUCAUUGUGCACGUAACAAUACCGCUCCAUGUGCCAUUGGCGCAUGUAGUGAGAGUGAAGCAGACUCUGGCAAGCAGUUAUUGUCUCAAUCGGAGCUCGACGAAGAUGUGAGGGUCCUUGUUGUUUCAGCACCAGAAUGA